AUGACAGGGCCUUACAUCCCCUACCGCCUUGACGGCAAAGUCGCGCUCGUCACAGGCUCUGGCCGUGGCAUUGGCGCUGCAAUCGCCGUCCAACUAGGUAGUCUCGGUGCUAAAGUCGUCGUCAACUACGCCAACGCCGCCGAGCAUGCGGAAAAAGUCGUCGCCAAGAUCAAAAGCCUUAACUCCGAGGCCAUCGCCCUCAAGGCUGACGUGCGUGACGUCUCCCAAAUAGCCAAGCUCUUCGACGACGCUGUUGCACACUUUGGCCAUCUCGACAUCGCGGUCAGCAACUCCGGUGUCGUCAGUUUCGGGCACCUUAAAGACGUGACAGAGGAAGAAUUCGAUCGCGUCUUCAGUCUCAACACGCGCGGUCAAUUCUUUGUUGCCCGUGAGGCGUACCGUGUGUUGCAAGAAGGUGGGCGCAUUAUUCUCACUUCGUCCAAUACGUCCAAGGAUUUUAGUGUGCCCAAGCACUCGCUCUACUCCGCUUCCAAGGGCGCCAUAGACACGUUUGUGCGCAUUUUGUCCAAGGAUUGCGGUGACAAGAAGAUUACUGUCAAUGGUGUUGCGCCCGGUGGCACUGUGACGGACAUGUUCCAUGCCGUGUCGCAUCAUUACAUCCCUGGUGGAGAGAAGUUUUCGGCCGAGGAACGUCAGCAAAUGGCUGCUCAUGCCUCACCACUGCAUCGAAAUGGCUUCCCCGAGGAUAUUGCUCGGGUUGUUGGGUUUCUGGCUAGUAAGGAAGGGGAGUGGAUUAAUGGAAAGGUCAUUACUCUGGACGGUGGCGCGGCGUGA